AUGAUAAGUGGAAAUGGUUCAAGGGGUUGUUCUCAAGAUGGUCAGUUUAUUUUCGUCUUGCUUGGUUGGGAGGGAUCAGCUGCAGAUUCUAGGGUUCUAAGAGAUGCCAUAAGUCGUCCAGACGGUUUGAAGGUUCCUAAAGGAUACUAUUACCUAGGUGAUGCUGGUUACAUGAAUGGGGAAGGUUUCCUUACGCCAUAUAGAGGACAACGAUAUCAUCUUAGUGAAUGGAGGCACGGUGCCCAACCAAGGACAGCCCAAGAAUUUUUUAAUAUGAAACAUUCCUCUGCAAGAAAUGUCAUUGAACGUUGCUUCGGGAUGCUUAAGGGGCGGUGGGCUAUUGUCCGAUCGAAGUCCUUUUAUCCCGUUAAAACUCAAUGCAAGAUUAUUAGUGCAUGUUGUUUGCUUCAUAACCACAUUCGGAGAGAGAUGGCAGUGGAUCCAUUGGACGGUGAAGAAGUUGAUAUGCAACACGUUGAUGAUAACAUGGGAGCACUUGAUUUGAUCACUCAUGUUGAGUCAUCUAAUGCAUGGACACUGCGCAGGGAUCAAAUGGCACAUGACAUGUUUAACACCUGGAGGAAUCAUGUACAAUCUACGAACACCGACAUUAUGACGGAUGAAAGCCAGAGUUUCAGAAACAAACGUAAUCACACUUGGACUGCCGAGGAAGAUAAGAUCCUGGUCGAAUGUAUGACUGAAAUUGCACAUCUGUGGAGAGGUGAGAACGGUUUCAAACAAGGUUUCUCUAAUGCAAUUGAGAGGAUGAUGCAUCUCAAGAUACCUGAUUGUUCACUUAAAGCCAUCCCUCACAUAACCUCCAGGGUCAAAUUGUUGAAAAAACAGUACAAUGCCAUUUAUGAAAUGACAGGAGGUUCUGGUGGAAGUGGGUUCGGGUGGAAUGACUCGAAGAAAAUGAUUGACGUGGAGAAGGGAAUAUUUGAUGACUGGGUUAAGUCUCACCCAACUGCAAAGGGCCUUUACAACAAGCCUUUCCCCCACUAUGAUAUUUUGGGAACCAUAUUUGGCAAGGAUGCAGCAACAGGAGGUAAUGCAGAGACAAUGGGACAAUCAGUUAAUGUCUUGGAGGCAAAUGCGGCAUGCAAUGCAGAGAGUGUGAAUGUAUCUGACGAGUAUCUAGACCUCACAGGGGACUAUAUACCCACACCGUUACCAGAUCCAGUGAUACCAGAAGUCCCAAUUGAAGAAAUUGUGCCGCCCUCAGAUGUGUCUACCGCUACUGCCAAAAAGGGAAAGAAACGUGAUAGACCAGAAGAUCCGUUGGUUGCUCCAAUAGUUGAUGUCAUGAAAGAUAUCAAUCAAAACUACCGUGACGGUAUAGACAAGCUUGUUUCAUGCUUUCAGCAUCAAGCUAAUGGGAGUAAAAGGCGGAUGUCAAUUAUGGAAGAACUGGAAAAAGUUGGAGAUCUAACAGAUUCACAGAUGGUUAAACUUGCGGUGCAGUUGGGAAAGGAUACAACUCUGACAGAUGUCUUCAUGCAAUGCAAUGAUCAGCAAAGGAAGUGUCUCCUGGCUGACUUGCUGAGUGAUAAGCUGUUUAUUCUAAUGAAGCUGGUACCUGAUGGAAGGAACUGGGUUCUGUUAUCUGACAUUGGAGUCAAUCCACCAUUUUCGAGUUUGGCUUUGAUGAUUUGUGGUGCUGAUACAGUUGCUGUCAAUGUGGUUGCAGGAUAA